CGGCGCAUCCGAUCGUCGUCGUUACUCUUGUAUUCGUAAAACGAAAUGCCUAAGCUCCGCUGCGUGUUUGCGCAUUCACUGCUUUUUAGCUCGUUCGGUCGUUCGCCAUGACGAUCUCCUUUCAGCUACCUCAUUAGAGCGAGCAAGUGUAAAAGCUUGUUAAAGUGAGCUCGUUAUAUUUAUUUAGCAAUGAUGGAUGUGCCAAGUAAUCUUUGGAGAAAAUUUUAUAGCGUGCAGAGUUUCAAGUGUCCCUCGUAGGACAAAAGCAUGCAGCUUCUUUACCAAUUACUCAGUUUUUAUACGUCGUCACGAGAAGAUUCGCUAAUCCAUCCAAGUUGGAAAGGAUGAAGUCGUCGGUUCUAGAGCAGCGUCGAACUCGCAGCAGUCACAACUUGCGACGUUCGAAGCUGUUUUCCCUCUACGCCAAGAUAUUCCGACUGCUUCUUGGCAAAUUCGAGAGCAAGGAUGGAUUCGACGAGAACGCGGAGCUCGUCGACGACUACAGCCGCGAGCUCGAUGCCCUCGUGCUGCCUAGUAACGAGGACUGGAGGCUGCGGGUUUACUACAGCCUGGUCGAGUUGCAGAGGGAAAACGAUCGGGCUCUGGCCGUCGCCGCUCUCCAUGACAUACCGUAUGAGGAAUUGCAACAGUUAGAAACCUUUGACUUAUUUAGGUAUACGCAAGCUGCGACAAUGAGCGAGGCUCAGCAGUCGGCGGCUCGUCAGGGCCGCCAGCAGAUCGUCGAGGCGGCCUUGAAACGAUGGGACUGGGAGCCGAGCGCAACGACGGCCUAUCCACUGACGCCGAGGUCGAGCAGAAAAUUGGACGCGGACUCGAGCACGUCGAUCAUGCUGAAGGCCUCGGCGGAGCCCGGCUGGAGAUUGAGGGACAUUCUGUUGGCCUCGAGGCUGCUGAUCGAGCGCUGCGACCAGCCGUACUCAGACGAAGCCGAAACGAGGAGGGUCUUCGGGCUCGUCUACGACGUGCUCAGAUACAAGCCGAUACUGAAUCGGGCCCUCGACGACGUGGGAUUUUGGCUGCGCCACGGCGAACUGAAGGAGCGAGAGCGCGUCGUCUGGCUGCUGCUGUACGACAUGCAGGGCCGGAAAUUCGCCAAGCCAGUCGGCAGCGCAGCCCUGGCGCUGCGCAACGAGGCCCUCCGAGAGGCCGGCCUCCUCGAGAUCGAGCAGGCUCUGCAAGACACGAAAACCAGAUUGGCCGCGAGCCUGUCCCGAUUGCGCAUCGGAGGUUCCGCUCUGAAUCUCGACGAGCUUCUGCCGGCACACCUGCGAACGGCCGAGGGGGUGACCUGGGGUGACGAAGGCGCCAUAGCUUCUGGCUGGGUCAACAGCUCCAAGUUGCCGACGCGAUACCAGUUCGUGGAGGAGAUGCGCAAGAUCGGCCUGAGCCUCAGCCACAAUUGCUCGGCCAACAGCGAGCUCCACGAGUACCAGUACGUCUUCGAUCCACUCUGCCCGAAAGUCGUCAAUCUGCACGAAAAGGCCCGAGAGAAAUUGGCCGUGUCGCAACUCGUCACCAAGCACGCCUUCGUUUUUUUAGACAGGUCGCUGUGCGUCGGAGCCGCCGCUCUGACUCAGGCCAUGCGAGCGGGCAAGCUCUGCGGCCCGGUCAUACUGACGCACUGUCUGGCCCCCCGGCACGUCGGCUACCUGGCCGAACUGCUGCGCGACGUCGAGGACGCGGGUCGCCUGCUGGUGUUCGGCCUCGGCGAGGCUCGCGACGCCCAGCAGGGGUACCUCGAGCGGGCCCUGGGCCUCGGCCCGGAGCGAUGCAAGCUCUACGCCGAGGGCUACGCCCAGGCCCCGACGACCCCCGAGAUGGAGCGGGCCACGAUCGUCUUGGCCGUUCCGCCCUGCAGCUACAGCGGAGUGCGCGACGUGGUCGAUCUGGCGAUAGCGCGCGGGGGCGAUCUCGAGCUCCUGGAGUCGCUGACCAAUCUCGAGGCCGAGUCGGCCCUGCAGCCGCAGGCUCACUUGGCCGAGCAGAUGGCCACGCUGCGCCACGCGCUCACCCGGCCCAAUGUGCAGAUGCUCGUCUACGAGGCGCACACCCUACUGCCGUCCGAGACCACGGAAAUGAUCGAGCAGGCCGUCGAGCACGCCAAUCGACUCGCCAAGGACAAGUUUUUGAGGGAGCGGCCGUUGAAGAAAAAGUCAAAACUACGCGAGCAUCCGACGGUGAAACCUAAAUCGGCCAAGCGAAUGUCGGUCAUGUCCAUUGACAAUACAUCCAAAUCCCUCGAUGAAUCUGCCAAAUCGGAGGACGAGAACACCGAGAACUCGACUUCAUCGACCAAUGCAACGAUUCCUGAGAGCGACCUAUUCGAAAUGUGGCCGCUGAGUCAGCUGUACGAGAAGGACUGCAGUCGUUUGAUCGAUCAAGGCUCCUUCGUACUGAUCGUCAAGCGCAAAGAAAUGAUGCAGUUCAAUUCGCUGUUCAUGAUCAAGGUGGCCGAGGCCAAGGGAGUCUUUGGCGAGUCGUCGAAGCAAAGACAACAACCGAGCCCACCUCCUAAAACGCCGGACUCGCAGAUGGCCAACAAUGCAAAGCACUCUAGAUCAAAAUCCAAUCGCAAGAGCAAAAAGCUUCUCAAGCAACAAUUCGAGCGGCUGACGGCGCCCACCCACGCGAGCAUCGCGCGCCUCGUGAGCGUCACGGCGAGCUGCCCGCGCCACCAGCAGCAUCUCGAGCACGAGGAGCAGCUGCUGCAGGAGCAGGUGAGGGAGGCCAGACGCCACGACGCGCGCCGCUGGUGGUCCGACCUCGGCCACUCGUGGCGCUUCAGCGACGAGUAUAACUUUCGCGCCCUCCGCACCGAUCCGAGGACCCGCAAGCUCCUCUUUCCCGCGCACGUCACCAGGCUCGUUUAUAACGACCAGGACGACCAGCAGCAACGACGUCGCGACGAUGCCUUGUAUCCUACUAAUGAUCGCUUCAACGCCGAUGAAUUGCGUCUCACCUUUCCGUGAAUAGUAAACGACUAAAUUCUUCCGAGUCUACGUAUGCGGCGACAAAACCUUAUGAAUCUUUUCUGAAAUUUUUAGUAAACGCGGUGCUCUGCUGACUAUUUGUCUCUACUUUUAAAUUUUCAUUGACAAAGUUUAAUUCAAUUUACUCGUCAGGUAUCAAAAUCGAAAAUGAAGCCAAGUACUUACAGAGUACUUUUUAAUCGUAAUAGCUCUACACCCUACACAUCUCUAAUUUACCUAUAAUAUUGUUCUCGUGCUGCUCGUCGUUAGCUUGCGUGCGAGAGUACCAUUAAUAAUUGUUGUUUUCCAACUUUCUACUUCGCUUCUUUCCCUUUUCCCUUCUUGUUCCUUGUCAUUUUAACUCGCUCAUGUAAAUUUUCUAACACUUUUUUUUCUUCGCAAAAUACUGUAUACGAUUCUUUCUU